UCCCGAUCCAUCCCGACCCGCCCCGUCCCCGCCCCAUCCCGGCCAUGGCGGCUCCGUUCCGUGCUCUGCGGAUCCUCCUGGGGCUUUUCUUCCUUCUCGCGGGCUCCGUGAAGCUCUCGGACCGGCUCUCGGCCGACGCUCACCGCCAUAUGCAGGAGCAGUUCGUGCGCUUCGCAGAGGUUUUCCCCCUUAAGGACUUCGGUUUCGCCCCCUCUCCCGGCUCGUACCUGGCUGCCGUCGGGGCGGUGGAGGCGUUGGCCGGGCUGCUCCUCGCCUUCGGGCCGCAACUGCUGCAGGAGAUCAGCAACUUCGUGCUCAGCGUCGUCAUGAUCGGUGCCAUCUACACGCUGCUGGUGCUGCGGGAGCCGCUGGCCAUGUGCGCCCCCGCCACGCUGAGCCUCGGGCUGCUGCUGCUGCUCAACGUCCGCGGACACGCAGCCCCCACCAAGACCAAGGAGGAGUGAGAUGGGAUGGGGGGAGGACGGCAGUGCUGCAGGGGGGAGGCUGCGGCCCUUGGGUGCCGUCGGGGUGGUUAUAACAGCGGCACUGCUCUUCUGGGAGCCGAUUUGAGGCUGCUGUGUGACGUCCCGGCUGUGGGAUGGGUGGUGAUCGUGGCACUGCCAUCAUCAGCGCGGUGCUGGGCUGGGGUGGUUCCUGGGGGGGUUGUGGGUCUUUGGAAUAAAGCCCCUGCUGUUGUUUUU